AUGUAUCUGGGCGGGGAGAGGGCGGGAGGGGGCCGCUUUGGGGUACUCAGGCAGUGGAGACGCUCCAGUCGGAACACACGAGGCCCGGCGUACUGUUUACUUGUCUCUCUGUCUUCACCGGCCGCACCGACGGGCAGUUGGGUUUUGUCUGAAGCCCAGCAAGACCGACUCGUCCGGCAGACAGAAAGGCCUGUCCCGCCGAGCAAUUUUUGGCCCGAGGCAUUUCAGCCUCGUACCCGAAAUACUGGCCACCUCCUCCGGACCAGCAAUAUCGGAUUACCUUCUAAUUCCACCUGA